AAACAUUCUGGGUUGAACCUGGGGUGCGGGAAUGGAAUAGAGAGGGAGUCCGUCUACUUUUAUCUUUCAGUAGUCGUGUGAUCGUGAUAGUGAGCAAGAGAGAGGAGAUCAUACAGGAAACCCUGCAACGAUUUCGCUUUCAUGUUUUGGAAAGUCCAUAUGCCUACAUCAUAAAGGUGAAUGCUGCAGCACAGCCCCCUCUGAAGGGAAUGAGAAGCCUUGUGAUUAUUUGUUGACGCAGCACCAGCUCGACACUCCCCUGUCUCCCUCAACGUGAAUAACAAGAUGGGGAAUGGAUUAUCAGACCAGUUCUUCCCCAGCCUUCCUUCCUUCCAGGCCCUCCAUAUUGUCAUCCUGGGUCUGGACUGCGCUGGGAAGACCACUGUCCUCUACCGCCUUCGCUUCAAUGAGUUUGUGAACACGGUCCCCACUAAGGGAUUCAACACAGAGAAGAUCAAAGUGUCCCUGAGCGCGGGCGGAAAGUCCUGGCGGAAAGCGGCGUUCCACUUCUGGGACGUGGGCGGUCAGGAGAAGCUCCGCCCCCUGUGGCGCUCUUACACGCGGUGUGCUGACGGAAUUGUGUUCGUGGUGGAUUCCGUCGACAUCGAGCGCCUAGAGGAAGCCAAGACGGAGCUCCAUAAGAUCACGAGGUUAGCGGAGAACCAGGGGGUGCCGGUUCUAGUGGUGGCCAACAAGCAGGACCUGAGGAACUCUCUGCCGCUUCACGAGAUGGAGCGCUCUCUGGCGCUAGGGGAGCUGGGUAAUGGAACGCCCUGGCACCUGCAGCCCGCCUGCGCUAUCAUAGGGGAGGGGCUACAGGAAGGUUUGGAGAAGCUCCACGCCAUGAUCAACAAACGGAAGAAGACACAGAAAGCUCAACAGAAGAAGAGAUGAUCUGAAUUAGUCGCGCACACACACAACUGCCAUCUUGUUGGAGCUACACAAGGACUUAAGCUAACAAUGGUGGUGGAUGGGGACUCACCUGUUGUGGUGUUAACCAUGAGCAGGACACGUGGUGUUGACUGUAGCAUGAUGUACUACAGUACCCACAAUGCUCAGUGUCUCGUGGAGCCCUCAGUGAUGGGUCCGCUGCUUGCCUGCCUGUCUGUUGGCUGAGUUGUAUUAGUCAUAUGGAAUGGGACUAAGUCUGUUCAGGGCUGUUGUCACUGUCCUCACUGGAACUGAUGGAAUAGAUUUUCAAGGACUUUGGAUGGCAACUAUCCUGGCUGGCACAGCAUCACAGGACAGUGGACACUAAUGUAUGUUUAAAGGAAGUGUUAUUCUAUACCAUGAGGCACACAGGGGUUCUCAGAGACAAAACAAUCAAAACACUGUUGAAGUGUCAGAAGUCAAAUGUAUUGUGUUCUGUCUACACUCUUAAGUGUUACAAAUGUAUGUAGCCUGCUUUUCAAUCAGUUUGAAGCAUGAAAACACAUUGAAAUGAUCGGUUUACCAAAGCCUGUGUUGACAAUGAGAUUACAUGUGGAAAACACAAAGGACAAUCAAGUUGCAGUCAGUCACUUGUUAGUGUGACCUCAAAGUUAGUCUUACAAUCAGUCAGUAUUCUGUCUCCAUGUUGCUCAAUGGAAGUCGAGAGGGUCUAGAUAGACGAGUUUAGCAUAAGCUUGAUGAUUCACUGAGAAGAGAAUACAGAGAUGGAUGUUUUUAAACGAUAUGUAACAACCUUAUUGUUUCAUCAGUGAUAAAUGAUAAGAAUCUACAGCAGUUGGGCUAUUUUAAUGUGACUAUCAUUUGGGUUAGGUGGGAGGUAGGGGUAAAAAAAACAGCUGUCAGGCAGUGUGGUUGUCUUGUGUAAUUCUGUUGAUUUGACAUGCUGGUUGGCUCAGCAUACCCUGAAUAUUCUUUCCUGGCUUGGCUAUCUGUCUGAUCUGGACCCUGUACUCCAAGUGUCAGGCAUCUGUCAGAUCCAGUCCUAGUACCAGCCUAAGACUGGGUGCAAGGACCAAAGUAGAAUGAGGGUAUCUGGAACGCACCCAACAUUUUAGAUAGAUGGCGAAGUAGGGCUGGAUCUAUAGAUUUAGCCCUUAUUGGCUAUCUACCUAAAACUUUGGGUGCGUUCCAGAUACUCAUUCUACUUAGGUCUUUGCAGUUUAUAGGAUUGUUAUAUCAUGUUGAUGUGGUUCCUAAGACAUGAAAUAGUUCCGCAGAUGUAAAGAUCUGAUCAGAUCUCAGACUUGUGCAGAGUUUGUGUACCUGGAACGCACCCAUGGACUUCCAUGUUGAUAGACAGUCAAAUAAAGGCACUUUAUUGGUCUGUUUUCUGACCUUAGAACUUGCAUCAGAUUUUUGUAUGAGGUUUAUUAUGAUACUUAAAGAAGUGAAUUGUUGAUAUUGCUUCGAAGGAAGCGUUAAAAUAUAUUGCUAUGCUGUUACCACAUUGGAAUGUCAGUUGUCCCCCUGUUUACUGUGUGUGAGGGGUGCUCAUAUUUAUGUAUUUGUUUGUAUAAAUGUGUUCACCUUGAAUAAAGCAACAAUUAAACACUAACAUGAUAUUGAA